AUGGCCUCGAGCGGCGCCAGCGCGGCGUGUGGCAGGCUGCUCUCCGCCGCAGAGGCGGCCGCGGUCGACGAGGAGCUAUUCGAGUCCUUCUCUGUCGACAGCCUGAUGGAGCUCGCCGGCCUGUCGGUGGCCGCGGCCUUGGCCGACGCCUUCCCGCUGAGCUCGCACCCGCGGCCUCUCGUGGUCUGCGGGCCGGGCAACAACGGCGGGGACGGCCUCGUGGCGGCGCGGCACCUCUGGCACUUUGGCUACCGCCCAACAAUCAUCUACCCAAAGCGGUCGCAGAAGCCUCUCUUUGUCAACCUCGCGGCGCAGGUCGGUGCGCUCGGCAUCCCAGUGCUGGACGCGAUGCCACCCGGCGCCGACGAGGCGCACCACAUGCUCCUCGACUGCGUGUUUGGCUUCUCCUUCAAGCCCGGCUCACUCCGCGCGCCCUUCGACGCCAUCCUGCCGGCGAUGGCCGCGUCGACGCUGCCGCUCGUCUCGGUCGACGUGCCAUCGGGCUGGGACGUCGACAGCGGCCCUGCCGGCGGCGCGGACGACCUCCGGCCCGCGGUGCUCAUCUCGCUCACCGCGCCAAAGGCGUGCGCUGCCCACUUUGACGGGCGGCACUACCUCGGCGGACGCUUCGUGCCACCCGCGAUCCUGGAAAAGUACGGCUUCACCCAGCCCGCCUUUUCCGGCGCCGAGCAGUUCGUGAGGCUCUAG